ACAACAUCAGCACCAGCUGGUGAUACGCAUGCAUGACUCUUCAACCCCCCUUCAAGCUACCUUAGUCAAAGCUUGAAUUGAAUCCCACCCCCAUUAUUAGUUUUUUUAAAAAGCUCAGUGUAAAUUGACACAGUCCACCCAUGUCAUCCCCCUUAUAUCAUUAGCCAUCUGUGUUUUUUUACUGUCACUUUGAGUUUGUAUUACACUAUUAUCAUCUCUAUUAGAAAUGAAGAGUCCGGUCGGUGAACGGUUCUCGGAGUUUUUUGAUAAGUGGAUAUGUCAACUUGAUGGGUAUUUACAGCAGUUAGUAAGGGUGUCUAGGGAAGGUUUAAGUGAAAAUGAGCAGCAAACUUUGGUUUCGAAACUGACUGCUCAUUAUAAAGAAUAUUACACUGUUAAAUGGGCAGCUGCACAUGAAGAUGUGCUUGUGUUUUAUUGUCCGGUUUGGUUAAGUAAGUUAGAGAAUGCUUAUUCAUGGUUAACCGGUUGGAAACCGUCUAUGAUAUUCGGUGUAGUUGAGUCAAUGAGGAGGAAGAGUGUGGCUGAGUUGACGGAGGAGCAAGUGAGAAAGAUAGAACAGUUGAGGGUGAAGAUAAAGUUGGAAGAAGAGAAAGUGGAAAGGGAAAUGGAGAGGCAACAAGUGGCAAUGGCUGAUCGGAAAGUGGUUGAGUUAGUUCGUACGGCGAGCCGGAUAAGGAAUGAGGAGCUGGUGGUGGUGGUGGGGAAUCAUCAGGUGGAGGGUUUAGUUGAAGUGGCGCUGAAGGGUGUACUUGCAGGGCUAGAAAGGGUGAUGAAGGCGGCCGAUUGUGUGAGACUCAAGGCCUUGAAAGGUGUUUUGGAUGUAUUGAAUCCAACACAGUCACUGGAUUUCUUGGCUGGGACCUGCAUGCUUCAGAUUCAGAUCAGGAAAUGGGGCCAAAACAGGGAUAACCAAAAGGGUACGAAUCCGAUGAAAUUAGGAGAACUACACAACAAUGUCAUUUUUUAAGGCUCCAACAGCGAGCAUGGCCGGCGGCAGACAAAGUAGGCAGAGCUAAAUGCAUGCGCCAUACUAGCAAUGUUAAUAUAGGUUCACAUGUAACCAGAUGUAGGUGAUUUUACUCGUUACAUCGAGGUUGAAAUGUUGGUUUUUUUUUUUUUUUUCUUUAGAGUCUGUCUGGUUUGUCAGUCUCACAGCUUUAAAUUUUGCUC